GCACUUGUGGAAUAUACGCGAAGCACAGCGAGAGAGAGCAAAAGACACAAAGAGAGCGAAAGAAAGAGUGAUAAAAGCGCGUUCGAUAACACACAACAAGGAUACAACACGUAUCGAUCGAUAAACUUAUCGCUGUUCAUUAUUUUUUUUAUCGUUUUCUUUUUGUUUACGUGCAACAACAACAAAGAUGCAGUUCGCUCUAUUGCGUGCGCUCUUUGGCUGCGCCUUUCUGGUCAGCCUCUUGAGCUGCUCUUUGGCCAAGCAAGUGCAACAAUCUCAACAGCAGCAGUCGCAGGGCGCUAAACUGAAGCGUGAUGCAGCUCUCAGCUUUGGCAGUGGCAGCGGACUCUAUCACGGACCCUCGCACAAAUAUUUGCCACCUCCCGCUGGCUACGAGAGCACCUACGGAUCGCUGCAUGGCAACGGAUUGGCAUCGAGCAGCGGCUUUGACUUUGCCAGUCUGCUCGACAGCGACAACACGCAUCACUUCCAUCAUUAUCAUCAGCAGUCACCUCAGUCGCAAUCGCAUCAUCAAUCCUCAUCUUAUCAUCAUGCACCUGCUGGACAUCGUCCGAUUUAUUUGAGUUCCUCUGGCUCCAACUAUCAUCAUCAUCAGCAGCAGCGACCACAUCAGGCACCCAAAGUGGAGACGUACAUUGUGCAGACAAGUCAUGCGCCUGGUCCACAACAUCAUCAUCAGCAAGGUCAUGGCUUGGGAUACAAGUACUCCGGACAUGGCAGCAACUUCUUGAGUUUGCUGAGUGGAAAUGGAGGCCACAAACAAAGUGGAGGCAGCACUUAUUUGCUGGCCACGCGUCCAAGUCUGAGCUUUGCACCCAGUUUGAGUCACGGUCUGGAGAAUGAGCAGGAACACACCGCUGGCUACAGCUAUGAAGCUCCCAGCGUUCAACACUUUAAGCAGCAACCUCUGACCAGCUACGGCGUUCCUUUGUUGCCCGGUUACGAGGCGGAUGAUGAGCAACAAUCUCAUCAGGAACAUGCUCAGAGCUCAGCACACAAAUCCCAGCUGGAUCAACAUCAGCCACCUGCGUAUGCUUUGGGCCACAAGGGACUCGGUCACUUUAGCUACACCUCAAGCAAGCCGCUCGCCUUGAACACCGACAUUCAUCAGCAUCAUCAUCAACAACAGCAGCAGCAACAUCAGCCAGAACACAACGAACUCGCUCCCUUUAAGCCAAGUGCUUUCCUUGGCGCCAAACACGAAUCGAGCAACGCCUUUGACUUUGCCACGCCCACCAGCCAAUACUUGCAACCGCCCACGGGCGGAGCUUCCGCCUCGGGCUACGAUUAUGCGGCGCCAAGUGUGCUUUAUGGCGCCCCAGGACAAUCGGGCGACUCGGCCACGCCCAUCUUUGAACCGGAGUCCACUUAUCUGCCGCCUGUCACCAGCUAUGGCGCCCCCUUGGCCACGCCCACACACAGCUAUCACUAAAUUAUUUCCCUGCAUUUUGUUGUAUUAAGUUAUAUCGAUUUUUCAUCUAUUUUUUUUUUGUCUAUGUAACUAAUUUUAAGUGGAAAUUCUGCAUAAUAAAAAGCACUAAAUUCUAA